AUGAGCAACUGGGGCAAAUCGUCACACAUGUCAAGCUCAUUGUUUAAUGAGCUCCGCCUGGAGGGGCAAUUUUGCGACGCAGUCAUCAAAGUGGAGGACGUAUCGUUCGCAAUCCACAGGGUCAUCCUGUGUAAAUGCAGCCCGUACUUCAUCGCUCUCUUCACACACACGCCACAUCCAGACAAAAAGGUCUUCGACAUACCCGGCCUGUCUCCUGAAGUGAUGCAGCUCAUCAUUGAGUUUGCAUACACCGGCUCUGUUUCUGUGACGGGGGAAAACGUGCAGGAGCUGCUGCUGGCAGCCAGUCAGUUCAACAUAAUGGGCGUGGUGCAAACUUGCUGCGACUUCCUGGAGGAGCAGCUUUGCCCAGAGAACUGCAUCGGCAUCUUUCAGUUCACCGGCAUCUGCUUCGUCACCGACCUGCAGCACAAGGCCUACCGCUACAUCAUUGAUCACUUUGAGAAGGUUGUUUUCUCUGAAGAGUUCCUGCAGCUCUCGGUGCAGCAACUCACCGACAUCCUCGGUAGAAACGACCUCAAUGUGAGAAAAGAGAGCAUUGCGUUUGAGGCCGUCCUUCGCUGGAUCGCCCAUGUACCUGAAGAACGAAAAGCACACAUCGCAGUACUCUUGUCUAAGGUUCGACUGGCCUUGAUGAGUAUGGACUACAUGAGGAUCAAUGUGAUGUCCAAUGAGCUGGUGAAAAACAACAUGAAGUGCCGGCCCAUGGUCAGGGAAGCCAUUGCAACUAUGUGUCACUUAAAGACAAACAGAAGCUCUCAUCUCUGCAACCAUCUCGUCCGUCCUCGCCUGCCUAACGCCGUCCUGUUGGCCAUUGGAGGCUGGAGUACCAACAAUUCGACAAACUUCAUUGAGGCAUACGAUGUCCGCGCUGACUGCUGGAUCAAAGUGACAAACCAUCUCGAGCAUCCUCGCGCCUAUCACGGCACUGCCUUCCUCAAUGGGAGCGUCUACUGUGUUGGUGGCUUUGACGGUGUGGAGCAUUUAAACAGCGUGUGCAGGUUUGACCUGAGAACACACACCUGGCAUGAGGUGGCAUCCAUGAACCACCGCCGCUGCUAUGUGAGCGUCACUGUGCUGGACGGGUGCAUCUAUGCCAUGGGAGGUUUUGAUGGGCACGCACGACUCUGCACUGCAGAACGCUACAGGCCCGAGACCAACCAGUGGAGUCUUAUUGCACCAAUGCAAGAGCGUAGGAGCGAUGCCAGCAGCACAACACUCCACAACAAGGUUUACGUUUGUGGUGGUUUCACUGGAACUGAGUGCCUGCAAACGGCUGAAUGUUACAGCCCAGAGACCAACCAGUGGACAAUGAUUGCCCUCAUGAACUACCAGCGCAGUGGAAUUGGCAUCAUUGCAUAUGCAGACCAUGUCUAUGCAGUUGGUGGCUUUGAUGGCUCCAUCCGUCUGUGCAACGUAGAGGCCUACAACCCUCAGAACAACACCUGGCGCGAAGUGUCCCCCAUGUCAACUCCCCGCAGCAACUUCGGCAUCGAAGUGCUCGACAAUAAGCUCUUUGUUGUUGGGGGCUUCAGCGGCUUCACCACCUCCUAUAACGUCGAGUGCUACGACGUAACAACUGAUGAGUGGACUGAUGCUUGUGACAUGGAGAUUUCCCGCAGUGCCCUGAGCUGCUGUGUGCUGUCCAACCUCCCCAACAGGGCCGAGUACAUUGUCCCCUGUGACGUCCAGUCGCUGGAUGAUGUGUCUUUGGAGUCCUGA